CUGAAAUUCUGAACGCUCGAACGUUGGACGUUUGACUCUCGUGUCAUCAUUCCUGAGCCUGAGGCCUGAAGCUGAAGGCCUGAUUCACGACUCGAGUGUUGUGAAAAUGACGCGCGAGGUUGUCGCCUUCCGCCACCUGAACACAGAUGUCCUACUGCAAGUAUUCGAGUACCUACGGCCCAAUGGUGGCCUGCGUCCGUUGUCCAUGACAUGCGGAUGGGUGCGAACAGAAACUAAACCCGUGCUUUUCAAGAGCUGCUCUGUUAUCGUGAAGGAACCGAUCAGCGCAGAGCGGUUUCUUCCACAAUCCUUAUGGCCCUACGUAUGCUGUCUGUUUUUGAUAGACGAGUGCCCGGACAGAAUUGCGAUGCGAGCUUGGCUACCCAGGUCGUCCACUGUACCCCGCUUCACCAGCGAUCCGUUGCUAUGUGGCACCAUGGACCCUGCGUUCCUCAGGAUUACGCUGCCGGCCAUGCCUCGUUUGCGCUUGGUACACCUGUCCUUCCAUUGUCGGGAGAUACACGGGAUAGGAUGGGAUACCCUCGCAGCCAUCCUUUCGACUCCAUUGCUCCGCAGUUUCACGCUUCAGUCCUACCUAUUCAAUCCGCGUCAGCCUCCUGUGGCUACCAGUGUUCACUCUCUUGCCCCGAUCACUGCAUUCCGAUUCGUGCAUCACGUCUUCCGCAGGGAGCUUCGCAAGUACCCAUCCCAGGAGGUCGCUUUGGGUUUGGCCAUCAAGGAGUUGCGGCAUACUCUCGAGUCCCUUAUGCUCCCCAACGAGGUUACGCCCUUCGCGAUCCUCUCGGACAACGAGUGGCCCCGACUACGUGAACUUCAUCUGAAUGGUGAGCUUCGCCCGAGCCCGGAUUCCCAUCGUCCGUUCGUCUCCCUCUUUUCCGGAAUGCCUAGCUUACGGGUCUUAAAACUGGAACUCGCCAUACCCGAGAGUGUCAACAGACAGGUCCUACACCUGUGGCCGCAGGAUCACGAAGCACGAUUCCCCUGGCCGGACCUCGACGAUCUGACUGUCUCGUUCCCGAGCCCUGAUGAUCAGAUAUAUCCCCACCUCCCCCUGUCAAUGCGACGCUUGUCACUGCGAUGCACCCCACACCAUUGCUUCUAUCUAUGGGAGCCACACCGAUUGCCGUACACUCAAUCCCCUAUACUAUGCGCUUCGGAGAUGCUGGAGAUUCUCACCAAGAUCAACGCGCCACAUCUUGACCACCUCCUCCUCGAAUACCGUGCGGAUGAUGCAGAAGAUGAACUUUGGCGUUGCGUAGCCCGAAGGUUCUCUCAGCUGACAACUUUGGAAAUCCAUCGCUUUCAAUCACUCGGUGGUGAUAACGUCACUCUUAAUGACAUCGCUCUGCGGCCAGCGGAGCUCCCAAAUUUGCUUACACUCCGAGUUCACCUUGAACUCGAGGCUACGGAAGCUUUCCAAGUUACGUCAGUGGCGCCGAAUCACUGCGCCAAUACGUACCUUGCGACGCUCCAGCAAACCGCAGCCAUUUUGGCAAGUACGCUUGCACACCGGAACCUCAAGUUAUGGUUGUUGCGACAAGACCUUCGUGGCGCAACUUGGAUACUAUUUCGUCUCGUACAGGAGCAAGACAUCAAGGGACCGCGAGUGGAAAUGGAUCCAGAAGGUGGUAAAGGAGUGCAGAUGCGUUAUAUCUAAGUAUAAUUCUUCCGAUGCUAUGUAAGCUCGUCUACUAGAUAUGUAAUGAUCCACAGAUCCACAGCAGGUUACUCUGGCCAUUCGUAUUA